AUGCAGUGCACCGCAAAUUGCAACACGCCCACACCCCUUUCCCGCCGUGAGUUUCCACUGGCAGCCCUGAGUGCGCAUCUAUACCUAGGCCUUUCGACACUGCUCGAGUGCCGCACUAUCUCUCACUCGCGGAGGAACAUGAUCAGCUCCAUGCCACUCGCAUCUUUCGGCUGCGGCCGCCGCAAUGGGGCUGCAGCGCUGGUGACAACUCUGAUGAUCGCAGCAGCCUUCAUGCCUCACUCUAAGGCUGGUCGUCUGCUGCAAGAACUCUCUACCAGCGCUGAGCCAUGUACUGUAAACAACUGUGGAAAGAAUGCCUUCUGUUACAAGAAUGCAACAGGGAGUGACACGUGUCGUUGCAAAAAUGGGUACACCAUGACUCCCCAUCAUGGCUGCCAGGUUCAAUGUAACCACUUCAACGGCAGCUGCCCUGGCAAUGCUACAUGCCACCACCACGUCACUGGAGUUGGCGGCCUGUGCUUUUGUAACCAUGGCUUCAGGAUGAUCAACGCCAGUUGCAUCUUCGCCUGCGAUAGGAUAACCUGUCCAGACAACUCUAACUGUGCCGUGGACCCUGACGGGAACGCGGUGUGCAGCUGCAACGAUGGUUACGACCAGAUGCCAGACGGCACUUGCGUUGAGGCUUGCACUGUGAACAACUGUGGAGAUAAUUCUUUCUGUUACAAGGAAGCAGGGGUUGAUAUGUGUGCUUGUAACGAUGGGUACACCAUGACUCCCAGUUAUGGCUGCCAGGUUACAUGUGACGAGUAUGGGAACGGCUGCCCUGGCAAUGCUACAUGCAACCACCAGGUCACCGGAGUCAACGGCCUGUGCUCUUGUGACCACGGCUUCAGGAUGGUUAACGCCAGUUGCAUCUCCGUCUGUGAGAUGACCUGUCCGGCCAACAGUUUCUGUGAAGUGGAACCUCCAGAUAACGCGGUGAUGUGCUUCUGCAACAAUGGCUACUCUCGGCAGCAAGACGGCACUUGCGUUGAAAAUUGUGACAACAAGAUCUGCGGCAGGGGGGAAGAGUGUGUGUCUUAUGAAGACGGGGCAACGUGUGAAUGUCUGAAUGGAUUUGUCAGGGUUGCUGGGUCUUGUGUUGAGGCAUGCACUAUGAACCUCUGUGGAGAAAACUCCGUCUGUUACAAGGAUACAGCAGGGGAGGCUGUGUGUGCUUGUAACGAUGGGUAUACCAUGACUGCCAUCGAUGGCUGCCUGGUUACCUGUGACGACUAUGGUGGCGGCUGCCCUGGCAAUGCUACAUGCCACGACCACGUCACCGGAGUCGGCGGGCUGUGCUAUUGUGACGUCGGCUUCAGGAUGGUUAACGCCAGAUGCAUCUAUGUUUGCGAGGAGAUGACCUGUCCGGCCAAUGCUAGCUGUGUGAACCCUGACGGGGAAGCGGUGUGCAUCUGCAACUAUGGCUAUGAAAAGAAUUCAGACGGAACUUGCGUUGACAUCUGCGACAUGACGACCUGUCCGGACAAUUCUACCUGUAACAUGGACAGUGAAGGGUACGCAAAGUGCAUCUGCAACGAAGGUUACAACCAGAAGCUAGACGGCACUUGCGUUGCAUCAGAUAAGCCACCCACGCCACCCGCGGCACUUGCUUCCUCACCUGCAGCAUCUUCUCCGCCACCCACGGCAUUUGCUCCGCCACCCGCGGCAUUUGCUCCGCCACCCGCGGCAUUUGCUCCGCCACCCGCGGCAUUUGCUCCGCCACCUGCGACAUUUCCUCCGCCACCUGUGGUGUAG